AUGAUUGCCAAGCAAGAUGAAGAGGUAACCCCAAAUCAAGAGAAAGAGAUAACCCUUAACCAAGAUGAAGAAAAAACAACGAUUGAGCAAGAUGAAGGAAUAAGCGAAAUUAAGCUUGAUGAGGAAAUAACCAAAGAGCAAGAUGAAGAGAUAAACGAGGUACAAAGCGAAGAAAUAAACAAAAUUUGGAAUGAAGCAAUUUCUACAAGCCCGGAAAUAACCACAGAGCAAGUGGUCACAGAAGCUCCUGAAGUAGUCACAGAUGCUCCUAAAGUGGUAACAGAAGCUCCUGAAGUGGUCACAGAAGCUCCUAAUGUGGUCACAGAAGCUCCUGAAAUGGUCACAGAUGCUCCUGAAGUGGUCACAGAAGCUCUUGAUAUGGUCACAGAAGCUCCUGAAGUGGUCACAGAUGCUUCUGAAGUGGUGACAACAGCUCCUGACGUAGUCACAGACGCUCCUGAAGUGGUCACCGAUGCUCCUGAAGUGGUCACAGAUGCUCCUGAAGUGGUCACAGAAGCUCCUGAAGUGGUAACAGAAGCUCCUGAAGUAGUCACAGAUGCUCCUGAAGUGAUCACAGAAGCUCCUGAAGUGGUCACAGAUGCUCCUGAAGUGGUCACAGAUGCUCCUAAAGUGAUAACAGAAGCUCCUGAAGUAGUCACAGAUGCUCCUAAAGUGGUCACAGAAGCUCCUGAAGUGGUCACAGAUGCUCCUGAAGUGGUCACAGAAGCUCCUGAAGUGGUAACAGAAGCUCCUGAAGUAGUCACAGAUGCCCCUGAAGUGUGGUCACAGAAGCUCCUAAUGUGGUCACAGAAGCUCCUGAAAUGGUCACAGAUGCUCCUGAAGUGGUCACAGAAGCUCUUGAUAUGGUCACAGAAGCUCCUGAAGUGGUCACAGAUGCUUCUGAAGUGGUGA